AUGGCGUCUCUCGAAGAGCUUCUCGAUUCUCUUCACUACCUCUAUCCGGCAUUGGCCUUCACCUAUUUUGCAAUUGCUUCUGCUGUUGCUGUGUGCACUCUUCAGACUCUGCGGGCAGCCAACAACCCAGGCAAAGAGUUCAUCCCUCGAUCAUGGAUCCUUAACCUCCUCGUUGCCUUCGUCCUGACCUACGUCGCCCAGAUUACCGUCAUCGCCAUUCAGUCCAUCCUCCUUAAAGAAUGGAUUGGCCAGGAGCAUGAGGUUAUUGGCUUGCUUUCCUGCAUUCUUGUCUUUGGUACCCAAUUGGCCUUUCUCUCUGACACAGAACAUCCGGUAUGGACACCAUACUGGGGUUCGUGGCUCAUCUCCUUGGUUCUCGAGCCCAUGAUUGGAGUGCCAGAUCUCAUCAUCAGACGGUCCAGCACUUUUGAACACUGCCGCAUCGCCCACCUUGUCUUCGCUGGUCUCCGCUACUAUCUGCUUCUCACCAUCGUUUCCGUCUACGUUGUCCAGCGUAUCCGAGCUAGCCAGGAAGAGGCCACGGACGAAGAACGGCAGUCUCUUCUUGGCCAAGAUGACCCAAACUCCACGUCCACUUACGGGACGACAAGUGAUCCACCAGAGUCGUACUGGGCCGAACGCCAGCGAAAGGCACAGGAGGAGAUGGAGAAGCGCCUUCAGGAAGAGGGCAACUGGCUGACGUACAUUAAGGGCUUCGGCAUUUUGUUCCCUUAUAUCUGGCCUGUCGGGCAGAAAUCCCUUCAGCUACGCCUUGUCCUUGUUGGCCUCUGUUUGCUCGCCGGCAACGCUCUCAACCUCUUGAUCCCGCGUCAAUUCGGUAUCAUUGUCGAUGAGCUCAAAGACAAAAAUUUCAGCAGUGCAUGGUACGGAGUUGCCAUCUACGGCCUGCUCAGAAUUGCUGCGUCAGACGCCGGUAUCGAGUUUCUGCGAGAAUGGCUCUACCUCCCUCUCGAGGUGUACGCUGAUGGGGCUCUGAGCACAGCAGCCUAUCGACACAUCUUGAACCUCUCAGCCGACUUCCACGAUUCAAAGAGCACAUCCGACAUCAGCUUGGCCAUGUAUGGUGGGUCGAGUGUUUCCGACCUUCUGGAAUCUAUCUGCUUCCAAGCUCUGCCUAUGCUGAUCGACCUCGUCGUUGCCAUCGUGUAUCUCUCAGUUAUUCUGGGGCCUUACGAAGGCCUCAUCACCCUGGCGACUAGCACACUCUUCUUGUUCAUUGCUACGAAGAUGAUUGCUGUGAUGAAGGAACGCCGACGGGCCCACGUGAACGCCCAGUAUGCCGAGCACUACGUACGCCAGACUGGAAUCACGGGUUGGCACACGGUUGCAUCCUUCAAUCAAACGACAUACGAAGACGUGCGCUACUCUAACGCAAUUCACACCCGCAUCAACUGGACUAAGCGUGUACGUCUCGGGUGGUUUACUGCGCAAGCGUUUCAGUCUCUGGUUCUCCUCUGCGGUCUUUUGGCUGGCGCGAUUUUGGCUGUGUACAGGAUCAAGAACAGCAAGGCCACCCCUGGUGACCUGACAAUGCUCCUGAUGUACUGGGCCCAACUCACGUCUCCCCUGCGGUUCAUGGCGAGCCUCGGAAAGAAGAUUGGAAGCGAUUUGAUCGAUGCUGAGCGAUUGUUGGACAUCAUGAAGAAGGAGCCAACAAUCGUGAACAAGAAGGGAGCCCGCCCCCUAAAGCUUGUUGGUGGCAACGUCGAUUUCAAUGAUGUGAGCUUCACCUACGACUCUAAGAAGAAGAUCAUCAACGGAAUCUCUCUUUCUGUUCCUGGUGGCCAGACGGUGGCUUUUGUUGGCGCUACUGGUGCCGGCAAGUCCACCAUGUUGAAGCUACUUAACCGUUUCUACGACGCCAGCGAGGGAUCCAUCUUAAUUGACGGCCAGGACGUGCGUGAUGUUGACUUGCACAGCCUCCGUGACCGCAUUGGCUUGGUACCGCAGAAUCCUGUACUCUUCGACGACACGAUCAUCAGCAACAUUCGGUAUGCGAGAAUCACUGCCUCUGACGACGAGGUCUUUGAAGCCUGCAAAGCCGCUUGCAUCCAUGAUAAGAUCAUGACUUUCACCGACGGAUACAACACGCGAGUUGGUGAGAGGGGAAUCAAACUUUCCGGCGGCGAACUCCAGCGUGUUGCUAUCGCCCGAGCAAUUCUCAAGCAGCCUGAGAUUGUGCUUCUAGACGAGGCAACAAGUUCAGUAGACACCGACACAGAGCAGAAGAUCCAGCAGUCAUUCAUGCAGCUCUGCAAGGGACGAACCACGUUCAUUGUCGCGCAUCGCCUUUCAACCAUCAUGAAUGCUGAUCGCAUUGUUGUCAUCGAGGAUGGUGAAGUUGUCGAGCAGGGUAAUCACGCCGACCUCGUCACUGCUAAGGGAAGAUAUGCCGACUUGUGGUCUAAGCAAACCUUCCUGAAGCCCAAGGAUGACGAUUUGGCCAGCAGCAAGAAGUCGACUGCCAGUGACACUGACGAUUCUACGCUCGAUGGCACCUCGGACACCACAGAUGCUUCCGCGUCCGAGGGCACCCAGAUGACACCGACUCAGGCGAGUAAGGGAAAAGAGGCUGUUCAGACUCCCGGUAAUCACAAGAAAGAGGUAGAGUCAGCUGAAGAUUCGUCUUUGGCAGAUUCUAACCACUAA